UUCAACUUUUUUUUUUUUCUAUCUUAUUACUGACAAGCAUUGCACAGUUCGUGUUACCAAACCAGUCAUGAGUAUAUCACACGUUGGUUUGACUGGGAUUAUUUUUCGAAUUUUUUGUGAGCAGGAGGGACAGCUUCGUAACACACAGGGCAUUUUGCGAUGCCUUGGCCGAAGAAACAGCAAGAGUUACAGGGGCAUCUCACAUGAACAACCAUGUAGCAGGCAAUAUUAAUUAUCAUUUCAUAGGAGCACCAUUAGGGCCUAACAUGGUGCAGAAUUUUUCUUCCAUUUUCAAGCCAAUCUCAAGAAACGAUCAAGCAAUGGAUCCAACAAGACAAGGCCUAUUACACUGGAUUGGCCAGAGUCCACAGGGCCAAGAAUUCUUAGCCAGAAAUUUUCAAGAAAUGCAUCAUAUGGGGGUUCCUAUUAGUUCAGGAGCAUUACAUAAUUUUCCUGAUCCACUUGUUAUUAAUUCUUGCUCAAACCCCCCACCAUCAAGUUAUCAAUUUAAUUGGGAUUUGGGAAAUAAACUUUCCUCAAAUGGAGCUGAAGAAUUAACCAAAAAUUCUUCGAUCCCUUUGAAUAAUGUUGAAGAUGUUAGCAUCCCAUCCUUAUUCAGCAGCCAACACCAAAUUCACCAGCCAUCUUGUGCCAACAUGUCAGCAACUGCUUUAUUGCAGAAAGCUGCCCAAACAGGCGCCACCACAAAUGACCCUUCUUUCCUAGGAAACUUUGGUUUUAAGUUCAGUGAAAAUCCAGUCCAAAAUGAGAACAAAUUCUGUGGAGUACUUUAUGGUACAAAUCCAGUAACUUCUGGCAUUGGGAGUGAUGUAGAGAGUUCAGUGAGUGAUCUUUCUGGCCUAAAUCAGUUUCAAAUGUAUCCACCUCCAAAGCGUCAACACAUAGAAAAUAAGGUCACAAGGGGAAAAACAAGGGAUUUUCUUGGUGUUGGGAUAGAGUCCAUAUGCCAUCCAUCAUCAAUCAAUGGAUGGAUAUGAUCAUAUAUGUUCUUUAAGAGAAGAUGGGAUAAAGGAAAAGUGAAGGAUUUAACUAUUUCUAAACUUUGUAGGGGAAAAGGUGGCAUUUCAUGAAGGCUAAAAGGUGCAUUCAAAAAUUUAGUAAAGAGUUCAAGGGAGGAGAUUUAUGUAUUCUGUUGAGAAAUGAAAGCGGUUGCCUUUGAAAUGGUAGCUUUUAUUUUUCGAGAAAAAGGGGGUCCGUGGCAGGUGGCAGAGGGGAUGCAUGAGGUCCCUUUGAACCCCACUAUUGCAAUGUUUCAUUUGUGUUAUGAAAUUGUUAUCUUCUAAAUAUUAAAUUAUAAGCUAUGUUGAAAACCUAAUUCUCUAGUUUAGGUAGGGCUUACUUGCUUAUUGCUCUUAGUUA